AUGUUUAUUUUGAAUAUUAGAAUCGGUAAUUUGCAUUGUGAACAAUGCGAGCUGUGGACUAAAAAGGUAUUGGCCCGAUACUUUGACUUCCCCGAUGACAUCUAUACUGGUUCAGUUAAUGAGUAUAAAUAUCGGGGUACUAACGGAGGUUAUUGGAAUUUAUUUCCAUUUUUUGCCGGUAGAUGGGGGUUGGUGAAGUUGAAGGUUAUUCGUUGGGAUCUAGAUAGGUCGAAAGGUCUUAUAUCGAUCAUGUUAUCUGCCGCUAGUACCAAUAAUAACUCUGACACUGAAAAGUCUUCUCCCUGUUCAGUUGAUUUGCUAAGUACAAAUUCAGAAGAAAAGCUGACGAGAAGCUUGCAGAAAACUAUUUGGCAGGAUUUAACGGAUAUUGGUUUUGAAGUGAAUGAUAUUUAUAUGAAUUCUGAUUUGGAACUCAACGUUCAAGAGAAACGUCAGUGGAAUCUUCCACCUUGGUUAAACAAGUUUAAACCCAGCAAAAGAAGACAUAGAAAGCACGUAGCGAAUUGUAAGAGUUGCCAGAAUGAAAAAGAAAAGGGUAGUGGUGAACUAUCUGCGGAUGUUUUAAAGGGUGCUCAUCCUGUAAGGUAUCAAGUAACUAUCCAGUUUUCAGGUUUGGCAAAUAAUGAAGAUUGCACAAGAGUCACCACUGCAAUUGAAAACAUAGUUCCUCGUGUUGAAGAUGUGAGUAGCCCUUGUUCUAUUGAUUUGGAUUCUAAUACUGGUACUGUCAUCAUACCAAAUAAGCAGUUGGUUCAAAGACUCAUUGAUGUUACUAGGGACAGCGGCUUUGGCGCACAGCUAGUUGAGGUUUUACCGAUUACAACUGAGACCAAAUAUAAGAUUAAAGUUGGUCUUGGCGGUAUUACAUGUGCUUCAUGUGUGUCAGCAAUUCAGAAUGUUGUCGGAGACAUAAAAUUUAUAGUUGAUGUUGCAGUUAACGUAGUUUCCAAAACGGGGAUAUUCAUUUCUGAUCGUGCUGAUAGGGAUGCGAUUGCGACCUUAAAACUAAGUAUAGAAGAUUGUGGCUACGAAUUUGAACUCAUGGGGGCUCCAGAAGUUAUCGAUCAUACAUCUUCUCAUAAUCAUUCAAGAACGGUUAUGCUUAAAGUUGAUGGCAUGUAUUGUCCACGAUGCCCUGAAAAGGUCUUGCUGGCUUUACGUACGUAUGGAGGCCCUGAGUUAGUUGUUAAGAAUUCUAUUACCUUAAAUGAUCCAUGUAUUAAAUUUACCUAUAUUCCAAACGUUGAACAAGGAAUUACAAUUAGAGGCAUAAUCGAUGAAGUGGCUAAGUUAAUUUCUGCAGAAAAUACUACAAAAGUAUCAGUAAGUAUUGUUGCAGAGGAAUCUUUAAAUGAGCAUCUCGAAAAUAUGUCUAAAAGAGAGACGUCAAAGAUAAUUAAAAGGAUAAUUUUCACUGGCGUCAUCGCAAUUCCAACCUUUGUGCUUGGUAUUGUUGGUAUGUCCUUGGUACCAAAAGACAGUGGAUUCCGAAUGUGGUUAGAUGAGCCAAUUUGGGUGGGAAAUGUGUCGCGGGCUGUUUGGAUAUUAUUUAUCUUAAGUACUCCAGUAUAUUUCUUUGUUGCAGACACCUUCCAUAGAAAAGCUAUCAAGGAUGUCAGCUUACUAUGGCGUCAGCGGACUAACUGGAGUAGAAGGUUAUUCAGGUUUGGCAGCAUGAAUUUAUUGAUGUCCUUAGGUACCACUGUGGCAUAUUUUGCAAGUAUUGCAUUAUUGAUCAUAUCAGCUAUGGCCGAACGCAAAGAACAGCAUAUGGGGUAUACAGCUACUUAUUUUGAUUCAGUAGUAUUUUUGACUUUCUUUCUGUUUAUUGGAAAAUUAUUGGAAGCAUUUUCUAAAAGGAAAACUACCGAUGCCAUCAACGCUUUAGGGUCGUUGAAGCAGCAGACUGCAACUUUAUUGGACAAAGUUGGCGAGAAUAGUUUUGGUAAGGACAGAACUAUAGAUGUAAAAUAUUUGGAAAUUGGUGAUUACAUUAAAAUCGUUUCUGGCCAGUCACCUCCUGUGGAUUGCAUUAUUAUUCGAGGAGAAUCACAGUUUGAUGAGAGUUCAUUGACCGGCGAGUCAAUGCCAGUUCUUCAUAUUAUUGGAGAUCAAGUUCAUGCAGGAACUGUAAAUGUAGGAAUUAAUGCAAUCAUCGCUAAGGUUUCAGCUGUGGACGGUGAUUCGUUGUUGGAUCAUAUUAUAAGGACUGUUUGUGAUGGACAACUUAAACGCGCCCCGAUAGAAAGGAUUUCAGAAGUAUUAACUGGUUAUUUUGUACCCAUAAUUGUAAUACUUGCUAUUAUUACCUGGAUUGUUUGGCUAUCCUUGGGAUUGUCAGGGAAGUUACCGCAGCACUAUUUGGAUAAUGACAUCGGUGGUUGGCCUCUGUGGUCUUUGGAAUUUGCGAUAGCGGUAUUCGUUAUAGCAUGUCCCUGUGGUAUUGGUUUAGCUGCACCUACUGCUUUAUUUGUUGGUGCUGGUCUAGCAGCUAAAUACGGGAUUUUAUCUAGUGGUGGUAGCACUGCUUUCCAAGUUGCAUCAAAGGUUUCUGUAGUUUGUUUCGAUAAGACUGGGACUUUAACUGUUGGCCAUGAUCCAAAGGUUACCAACUAUUCGAUUCAUCUCAAUUUGCAAAUUAGAACGAUUGCUAUUCAGCUCGCUCGUGAUUUAGCAUCCAAUUCUAAACAUCCAAUUUCUUUGGCGGUAAAGAAUUUUAUUUCAUUAAAGUUUUCAAAUCACCUUAGUACUGUAAAAGUACCUGAAUGCGAGGAAAUUCCAGGACGUGGUCUAAGAGGUGCUAUUGUUGUAGAUGACUCUGGCAACGAUCCACUUUGGAACAAAUUAAAGCCUGAAAGUGUAAUUAUGGGUAAUGAAAAGUUUUUGUCUGAUAAUAACUGCCAUUUGAAUAGCACGCAAUUAAAGAUGCUGGCAAAGUGGAAAAGUGAAGGUAAAAGUAUUAUGAUCACAGCAAUAAAAUGUCCAAGAUACUUUCAUUCAGACAGUUACGUCCCCGUUUUGUUGAUGGCAGUUAGAGACGCUUUGAGGCCUGAAGCUCAGGCCGUUAUUAAACGUUUGCAAGAUGAAGGCAUCAUAUGUUGGAUGAUAUCUGGAGAUAACACUCAAACUGCUUCUGCCGUUGCCAAGGAGUUAAAUAUAGACAAUGUCGUAGCUGAAGUGUUACCUGACGAAAAAGCUGACAAAAUAAGGUGGAUUCAACAAUCAUGUAUGGUUCCAGGAGCACCCACUGUAGUAGCCAUGGUUGGAGAUGGUAUCAACGACGCACCGGCUCUCGCAACUGCGGAUGUCGGAAUAGCACUAGCCUCCAGCUCCGAUGUAGCUACGAUUUCAUCAGAUUUUGUGAUAAUUUCCCCAAUGAGACCUUUAGCAUCAUUACUGAUAUUACUACAAUUAUCCAAGAAAGUCAUCAGAAGAGUAAGAAUUAACUUCGCUUGGGCGCUUAUCUACAACAUCAUAUGCAUUCCGAUUGCAGCAGGGGUCAUAUAUCCCUAUAAAAGGUCCAAGUUAUCCCCAGUAUGGGCUAGCGCUGCCAUGGCUGCUUCAUCUAUAUCAGUGGUAUUAAGCAGUAUGGCAUUAAGGUUUUUUAAACCCACAAGCUUAAAGGCUGGCGGUAUUGCACAUACCGCCCCGCCUGCUGUUGACGCUAUGGAAGAGAGAUUUCCGCACGACUGA